GCCAACUUCCAAAACUUGUUCAUCGAAGAGAAAAAGUCUUGGGGUUCUCUCUUUCUUCGCAUAUUCUCCUUCUUCAGCUGCUUCACUUAUAGAAUCUCUGCUCAUCCAUUCAUCUUAUAUUAUAUAUAUGUGAUUGGUUAAACUAAGCUUUGUUAAAACACAUUUAUUUUGCUUCCCCUUCCCUCCCGCCUGUGUGAGAACUUUGGACCCAGGAAAAUGAAGAAAGUUGUGUUGAAGCUGGACUUGCACGAUAACAGAGAAAAACAGAAGGCCCUGAAAGCAGUUUCCAGCCUUAUAGGCAUUGAUUCAAUUGAUAUGAACAUGGAGGAGAAAAAACUGACAGUCAUUGGCAUGGUAGACCCGGUGGAUGUUGUGAGGAAGGUGAGCAAAUUUUGGCACACAGAACUUCUGACCGUUGGGCCUGCAAAAGAGGAGGAGAAAGAAGAGAAGAAGGAUGACGCUAAUACAACACAACCUCCUCCCGUGCUCACAUACUAUUAUUAUCCGCCACAUCAUGGAGAAGAGUAUCAAAAUAACUGUGUCAUAUGCUGAUUUUCGAGGCCUGAGGAAAAUUGAGUUUGGAUAGUGGAAGUGUUUGAGAGAAAAGAUAGUGUUUGAGAAUAGUAGUGAGAAGAGAUUGAGAAAAUAUGCGGGUCUAUUAAAAGUGUUCUGAAUUGUUUGGAUGUAUGAAUUAUAUUGGGUUGUUGACUUUUAAAUAGAAAUGUAAAAAAGGUGUGGGACCCAUCAAUUAUAGAAUUUAUUAAUAAUAAUGGUGAAAUGAUGAUUUUAUUUA